AUGGCCCAUUCCGAUUCAGAACACAAAUUGAAGAAACCCUGGAUUGAAACGCCUUUGAUCGAGUCGGCGACAUUCUCAAAGGCUGCUGGGUGUAGAAUUUUUCUCAAAUUAGAGUCGCUCCAACCUUCUGGCUCGUUCAAGUCACGGGGCAUUGGAAACUUGAUCCUCACAUCUCUUUCUGAUCCAUCAAACAAUGGCAAAACCUUGCAUUUUUUCAGCUCCUCGGCAGGCAAUGCGGGGCUUGCAGCAGUUAUAGCCGCUCGAGAUCUCGGUUGUUCCUGUACUGUUAUUGUGCCCGUUAGCGCGAAGCCAAUGAUGAUCCAAAAAAUACGCGCUGCAGGGGCUUUGGAUGUUAUCCGCCAUGGCGCCAGUUGGUUCGAAGCUGACUCGUACCUGCGAAAGAAUUUCAUUGAAAAUGAGGACAGCAAAUCAGAUCCCUUGAUCAGGAACAUUUAUAUCCCACCAUUCGAUCACCCUGACAUCUGGCGCGGUGCAGGGACUCUGGCUGAUGAGCUAGUCAAGCAGUUACCUCCAAGGCACCACGGAAAAACCGAUACCUAUUGUCCAUUCCCGGCAGAUGCAAUCGUUUGCAGCGUUGGUGGUGGUGGUCUUUUGAACGGGAUUAUCGACGGCCUUGAGAGGCAUUUGCCAGUGCCUCAACCGGCAAAGCUUCCCCAGCAAGCGAUGAAGAAACUUCAAAUUCUCGCUGUUGAAACAUCCGGGGCGGAUUCGCUAGCUCAUUCGCUACACAAGGGUUACUUACACCCUCUACCUGCAAUUACAUCGCAGGCAAUCACCCUAGGGGCACUCUGCGUGGCACAGAAAACGCUGAAGAACGCUCAAUCUCCUCCGUCCGGUAUCCAAGUCACUAGUAUUGUGGGUACCGACGCCGAUGCUGCGAGGGGAGUUGUGCGUUUGUGUGAUGAACUGCGGUUGGAAGUCGAGCUGGCUUGCGGAAUCAGUGUCCAAGUUGGGUUAGAUAGGCUAAGGGAAGUCAUGACAGACCUAGCACCGGAUAGUCGAGUUGUAAUCGUUGUUUGUGGAGGAAAUGAUGUUAGUUCCGAAAUGAUUACGGGUUACCGGCAAAGUUCGAGAGUGGCUGGCAACGAAAAACGACGGGAAUCGAUGUUGUGA